AUAUAAAACACACACACAUCGUUACUUCUCCCAACAAAAGCUCUUACUUUUGUACACCUAGCUUUCACUUUUGCACACUCAUCUCAAUACUCACUUCCCCAAUGGCCGACGACAACCACUCCACCACCGCACCUCCGCCGGACCUCCCACCCAUUUCCCCCCACUCUCCACCACCAGAACACCAAGAAACCCCACCACCAGAAAACCAAGAAACCUCACCACCACAUCCUGCAACAGACCAAGAAACAACUCCACCACCACCACCCACCACCACCAUAGGUGACGUCAUUGACCAACCAGAAAAACCCAUCAAAACCCCAGAACCCAUGCCAUCUUUCAAAGAAGAAAGCAACCAAAUCAAAGAUCUUUCACCAUCACAACAAAACUCACUUCAAGACUUCAAAACCCUAAUCCAACAAGCCAUAACCAAUCAAGACUUCACCUUUUUACAAAACCAAAACCAACCCAUUUCACAACUCUCAAUUUGGGGCAUACCCAUCUUCCAAGACGACCGAACCGACGUCGUUUUACUCAAGUUCUUGCGAGCCAGAGACUUCAAAGUCCAAGAUUCUUUCACUAUGUUCAAAGACACCCUCCAAUGGAGAAAAACAUUUGAUAUUGAAUCUUUAUUAGAAGAAAACUUAGGGGAUGAUCUUGAAAAAGUUGUGUUUAAUCAUGGGUUUGAUAAAGAAGGACACCCAGUUUGUUAUAAUGUGUAUGGUGAGUUUCAGAAUAAAGAGUUGUAUAAUAAAAUGUUUAGUGAUAAUGAAGGAAGAUUGAGGUUUUUAAGGUGGAGGAUUCAGUUUCUUGAAAGGAGUAUAAGGAAGUUGGAUUUUAGGCCUGGUGGGGUGAAUACUAUUUUUCAGAUUAGUGAUUUGAAGAACUCGCCUGGACCGGCGAAACGGGAGCUUCGGUUAGCCACCAGGCAAGCUCUGCAGAUUCUGCAGGAUAACUACCCUGAAUUUGUGGCAAAACAGGUUUUCAUCAAUGCCCCUUGGUGGUAUUUAGCUUUCUAUACAAUGAUUAGUCCGUUCAUGACUCAAAGGACUAAAAGCAAGUUUGUAUUUGCUAGCACGGCCAAGACACCCGAAACCCUUUUCAAAUACGUGAAUCCGGAGCACGUACCAAUUCAGUACGGCGGGUUGAGCGUAGAUUACUGUGAUUGCAAUCCCGAAUUCACAAUUGAUGAUCUGGCUUCAGUGGUCACCGUUAAACCAGCUACCAAGCAGACCGUGGAGAUUAUAGUAAACGAGAAAUGCUUAUUUGUAUGGGAGCUACGUGUAGUCGGUUGGGAGGUGAGCUAUAGUGCUGAAUAUGUGCCGAACAACGAAAGCCAUUACACGAUAAUCAUACAAAAGGCUAGAAAGAUGACUCCAACCGAUGAACCAGUGAUCAGUCACAGUUUCAAGAUCAGUGAGCUUGGUAAGAUACUUCUUACUGUUGAUAACCCGACCUCGAAGAAGAAAACACUGCUCUAUAGGUUCAAGGUGUGCCCUCUUUCCGAAUAGAAUAACGUACAUCAAGGAUCGACAGACAGACAGUCAGAUGAUCGCGCGAGUUUAUUAUUUAUUUAUGUUUUUAUUUGUUUCUUUUUGGUAGUUGUUAUGAGUUUGGGUCCAUGGUGUUGUGUUUGGGUUCAAAAGGCUUGUGGUUUUUGUAUUAAUGUCUUUUGGCUUUCACAAAAUCGGUUGCUGAAAUUUGACUGAUCGAGUUCUAUUUUUAAUAUGCAAUCAUCAAACCGUUUUGUGUGAUUAAAUAUAUUUUUGUAUUCUCUUU